AUGCAUUAUUCAAAUCGUGCCGCGCUUCUGCGCAUCAUCGGGGGGCAUCUCGUAUCAUCAUCAUCAUCAUCAUCAUCACGUCUUUUCCUUUUAAACGGUAGCCGCAACAUCAUCAACGCGGGGAGUUUUUCGUCUUCUAGUAGUAUUAGGGGAAAUUCACACUUUUUCUCCAGGACGAAUGAGGAGGAGGAGGAGGAGGCGCGACGAACGCGACGACGAGGAUAUGGAUCGACGAUACCGUCGACGAGUUACGAAACGAGAGGAAGAGGAGAAGGAGGGGGACGUCUUCGACGUGAGCAGCUCGGCAAUACCUCGAGAAAUCGAUUUUGCUUUUCGACGUGCACCUUUCUUGCCAGAGGAAGAGGAGCAGCAGCAGCAGCAGCUGAGCAAGAACAGCAGCGAGAGCAGCUCGAUGAUGCAACGACGACGGCUGAAACGACUGUAAAACCAAAGAGGAAGACAAAGAGACAACUGAAGGAGGACGAAUUCAUAUCGAACGUCCUCGUCCCGGGAUUGCGACGAUUUUACGCCGAGUUCAAACAUUUAAACGUGCCAAAAGGUUACGAGUUUAGUAAAGACGGGGAGGUGGAGGAGGAGGAGAAAAAGGAGGAGGAGGAGGAAGAGCAGACGCCGCGUUCAUUUGGUCGCGCGGUGCACAAUUUCCGAGUUCGACGCGGUCGAGCGAGUUUAACCGAAGCGCAAUUGAAGGCGUUGGACGCGGUCGGCGCGGAGACCGGGGAGAGGUUUGUUUGGGACAAUGACGAGUUCGUUUUUGAGAAGCAGAUUGUGCCCGGAUUAGUUUUGUUCAAGGAGAAGUUUGGUCAUUUGAACGUGCCGCACAAAUACUGCGUGGAUGGAGUGGAUGUGGAGAGCAGCGAGAACGAGGCGUUACGCAAACCUUAUUUGAAAGAUUUCCCGCUCGGCGUGAAAGUCAACGACAUGCGCGCGAAAGGAACGUACAUUUUGCACCAACCGCAAAGAUUAGAAACGUUAGCAUUGCUUGGUUUUGUUUGGGACGACGACCAGUUUCGGUUCGAGGAAAUGCUCGUCCCCGCGGCGGUGGCAUACCGCCAAUAUUGCAAACGAAAACUCGUCGAAAACUACUCUGCAGAAAGAAAAAGGUUCCCGAAGAAAAUGUUCACGCGGAAACAUUUCAAGUUUCUGUUACCAUGGACGGCUGUUAUUACCGCAGUGGAGCAAACAACAACGACCAAAGAAAACAACGACGUCGACGACGAAGAAGAAGGAAAAGAAGACAAAGUUGACGACAAAAGUGAGGAGCAAAACCUCCGCGAUAUUCCAGAGUUUCAAUCGCUCCUCCUCGAGAGGCCGUAUUUGGACGGAUACGCGCUCGGCAACGUCGCUCGUUGUGCUCACCUCGAACAUGAAAAACAAAGCAAGACAAUGAAAGAAGUAUCGAAAAAGAAGAAACUGUUCAUCGACGGAAGAGCGGAAAGGAUUCUCCGAAUGUUGAAAACUCUCGGCGCCGUCUUUGACGAGGAGAAGGAUGUGAUACUCACAGAGUCAUUCGAGGAGCGAGACAAAGGAGGAACAAGACAAAGGAGGAGGAAGAAAAAGAAAGAAAUCGAAAAAUCCCUUUCCCUCUAA